CACCGUCACUAAUGGUUUCUGCUAAUUUCAAAUGCUCCGAUCAGUGGCUAUAUUAAGGCUUUGAAUAAGGUCAGCAAUGAAUAGCUUUGUUCCCAGCACCAUAUCCCAGUGGCAAGAGAGCUGCAUGUGCCUUUGACGAAGAGGGAAAAGCAAAGGACAGUAGGCUUGAAUUUCUGUAGUGUGCAUGAGUACAAGCUCAAAUCUGGUGCAAAUGGCUGAAAACCCCGAAGACCCCCUUGCAUUGUUGGAGAUCCUGGAAGUGUUAGGUGCAUGCCGUGGGAGCGUGUCGUACGCGGAUAUUUGCGUUUAUCUGAGUGGACGCUUCAGCCUGCAGCCGCUUCUAGAUUUACGGAGUCUCUUGUACUCCACCGCAUGUAGAGACCCCUGCUUCCCUGCCACCCUCUUCCGAGAGCGACUUCACCCGCCCUGCAGCAACCGGCUCUCGGCGACCGCCGAUGUCGUCUCCCUGUUCAACCUCCUCAUGCACACCCGCAUGGCUCCUACAUACACUCAGAACCUUCAGUCUUUGACGCCCUGUCAGGUCUGUGGGAAGGGAUUUGUGCGUUAUGACUGGCCGGCCGCCUUACCCGUCACAGGAGGAGGCACUGCCUCUGAGGACUGUAAAUAUGAGAACCUCCCUUGUGAAGCGUUCAGUCAUAACACAGAGGCUUCACACGCUCAGACCACCUCCGCGUUGGUCGCUCAGCCUCACUCACGCAUGCACAACCGGGACAGCAUGCAGAACGCGUAUUCUGGGGACAUUUCCAUUGACGUGGUCAAUCAGGAGGCUGGCAAGCCGCUGGCGACCAAUCAGGGAACCCGCGUCGCUCGUUCCUGCUCCCAGAAGAGGAGUGCCUUUAAAGAAGGGCUCCAAAAAAUUCCACUCAUAUCCGUGGAAGGCGACGGCCAAUGGACCCAGGGCCAAAGCCCAGAUGGACCAAGAUUGGAUAGUGAGGACCUGCUUUACGCUCCCAAAAAGAACCCUUAUCCAGACCCUGCAAUAUAUGCAAACGACCAGCACAACCCAGCAUCACAUGUGCAUGAUCAUUUGUACGCUCAUUCGAACGCACCUGAACCGGAUGCACACAUGGCCGACUCGCAAUCGUAUGAAGAUGCCUCGAACCCCUAUGACCCUCAGACUCAGUGGCGUCAGGCGAAGCACGAGAGUUUGAACGAGCUCCAGACUUCCACCUACUUUGGCCCUUCGGUCUCCAGCGAAAAGCACCAAACCCCUGCUCUUCAAAUCAAAAGCCACAGCUUGGACAUCGACAGCAGGACGGCGGACGAAAGACCUGAGCCGGAAACGACCGGGUUGCAGAAACCCAGAUCAGAGCGGUCUGUCUUAGAGAAGUCUGGAUUACGAAAGCCAGGAUCUGUUAAACUUAGCAUCGACGGAUCAAGCUUCGACAUUCCCGGUUUUGAUCCUUGCAUCGUCAAUUCGGUGCGGGAUACCUUCAAGCGACUGAGCGGCAUGAGUUUGGACACAUGGUACGAUUGGUCACCGAGCAUUGAGGGCAUGGUUAGCACAGGCACCCAAACGGAGCCUGCAGAUCGGCGCGCUUUACGAAGCAUCAUGCUUGCCGAUAAACUCUCCAUCGACAACCCUGACAUCGACGAGGACGACAUCAGUGCCAUCUUCCGUUUUCUAGACGACAUUAGCAUGUGUGGCUCCAUGGCAGUGCUGCCAGGGGAAGGAGGCGGGGCCCAGGAAGGGGGCGGGGCCGGGCUGCCAGAGAGGCGUGAACGUUUGGGAAAGUUACGGAGGUUGUUUCACUCUUUGGAGGCACCUGAGGAGGGCGUGAGAUGGGGCGUGGGGCGCCUGCUCCAACGAGUCACGGAGCUGGAGCAACAGCUAGAGCCGAUCGCGGAGCUACGUGAGAAGCUGGCCCUCGUGCUCUCCACGCUGAACCGUCUGGAAGAGCGGGAGCAAGUUGCAUGCCCACAUGUGCAUCAAAUGCACAUACAGCCACAGCUCACACCACGGCCUAGCCUACAGCAACAGCAGGGCUCCCCGAGGACCAAUUUAGUGGCAGAGGGCGUCAAUGAGGCAGCAGCAAAACGCAGACGGCUGUUUGUGCGCAGGACCUCCAGGAGCCACACAGAGAGCAGCGGAUCAGAAGCCCCCAGAGAGUGGAGCAUCAGCUUCAGCAAGGAGCCACACAUACAGUCUGUUAAGUCAGAUCAUUUAGGUGGAGUGCAUAAAAGAGAGGGCUCUGUAGUGCAGGAAGUGACGGGCUUUCACCUCAUGCCACCUGAGACCCACAAUGCACCACGGCGCACAUCUGUCCAUAGCACUACCCAUGUGACUGAACGCCCCAAAGUGACCUGGAGCCAAUCAGACUUAACACCGCUGGAUAAUCCAGUGAGAUUUUUGUUUGCACAAGGAGUCUGA